AUGGACGAGGAGCGCACACACGCGCACCUUCUCGCCCCCAUGCCCCAGACGGACCCCGUCACGCCCGACGCUCCGUCUGACAACGAGGAAUGGGCGUACUACGAGGACACCGACACCGACACCGAGUCAGCGCCUCCCCCGCCCCCACCGCCCUCCGAGGCCGACGUCCCAAUCACGCCGUCGCCGCUGUACAUCCCGCCCCCACGGCGACAGCGCACACGGGACGCCGCCUAUGCAGCGUACUACGAGGUCCUCGUCGGCAAUCUUGCCACGCACGACCUCCUCGGCGUGCUCGCUCCCGGAGGGCGGGCCUACCCCUCCCGGCACCUGCUUUCUCCCGCACUCGAGGUGCUCCGCGCCGUCGUGGCGGUCCACUUCCCCGCCCUGGAGUGGGACAGUGCGACCUUCGACGCGCGCCUCGCGGACUUGCGGGGCGACAGGCCGGAGAGCGUCGCGUACUCUUUCGGCCUCUACUCCAGGGCCGUGGACCGCUGGUUUGAGUUGGCCUCGGAGGACGACCCUUUCCAAGAGGUGUCGCGUCCUGGGCGCAUCAAGGAGCCCCUCUUCAUGCCCGGGCCGUCCUCGAGCGGCUCUCGCUCGCCAACCACGCCACGGCGCCCGGCUCCAAAGGUCUCCUUCUCGCUCCCCUUGUCAAAGCCGCCUCUCUCGACCACCAAGACGGUCAAGCGCAAGAGGAGCGACCUGCACUCGAAGCAAGCCAUGCGCACCAAGGCCCCCCCAUCAGCGAGCGGGAGUCGUUCUGGUGCCCAGGACCCGUCACCCGACUCCUCCACGGCCCCUCUUACAGGAACCGAGGGACUCUGUGUCGGGCGAACAGGAGUCGCCGGGCAUCUCGGUCCUGCGGCCCUGAUCGCCACAGGUUGUUGA